UUAAGGUUGAUUUUCGGAUCGGUCGGCGCUUUUAGUUUUGAGUUCACUGAAAUUAGCUCCGAGUAAAUUUGAAAUGGCCGCGGGUACCGGAAAAUCAUAUUGCAAGGAUAAACUCGAGAAGUGUCGGAGCUGGAUACAGAAGGACCCAACGAAAUUGAUUCGAUAUAUUGUGCUAUUAAUUUGCUGUAUCGUUGUGACGGUGCAACUUUCAGAAUGCUUUUCAAAAUUACGAUUCCCGCCGAUAACAACACAUUCACAUUAUGAAUUAAACGACACAAUGCAACUACCAGCCGUUACAAUAUGUCGUGAACCUGGAUACAAGCCGGAUGUCCUUAAGAAAUAUGGACUUGCCACUCAUCCCAAGUUCUACCAAUCUUGGAAAAGAUUUCCUUUUAACACUACAGAUAUAAGUGACGUAUUUUCAGAAUCUACAUACAGCGCAGAAGAAAUUUUAGUCCAGCGUGGAUUAGAUGGCGAGCCAGAAGGGAUCAAUAUCACAAGUAAUUUACAUUUCACUUAUGGAAUGUGUCACACAUUCCGAGGUGUCCGGCCCACAAAAAGCUCCUUCAAAGACCACGGGUAUUCCAUCAUGGUGAAGCACGAUUUAACAAAGGAAGAAGGCGAUAUCCUGGACGUAGAUGUUGGAUGGCAUAUAUUCAUUCAUGAAUUAGCAGAAGAAUUUACAGAAAUUCGAACAAAAGCAUCCGGAAGAGUGGAAUACAUGUUUGUUGGCGUAGAAGAGGAUGUCGAAAUAAAGCUACAGACGCAGUUUUUCAAUAUGAUGACCGACGGCGAGAAGCAAUGCUUGAAUAUUCCGGGUUACAGUGCACCAAAAUGUGGCGAAUUGUGCCUGUGGAGAGAACUAACUAACCAUUAUCAGUGCACCGGUCCCUGGAUGCCCGAUAUUGAUAUGCCAACAUGUAGUACUUAUGAGACAAUGUCUAAACUAAUCACGGAUUAUAGCAAUAUGUUCGACAAUCAAGCGGAACCAUUGUGCAGCUGCCCGGAUCCGUGCCAGUCAACUAUAUAUUCGGCAUUUGUAAUGAACCGGAAAGAUUUAGUAGGACAACUGAAGCCUUACACGCAGAUCUGGCUAUACUAUACGUCCAGGCUUGUAACCAUUAUUGAAGAGCGUCCCGGGUACGAUCUCUCUCAGUUUGUGGCUGAUAUCGGAGGUUCAAUUGGAUUCUUACUUGGACUUUCAGUUUUAGGAUUCAUUGAAAUUCUAGAAAAGAUAGCCGCUAUACUUCUACUAAGCAUUGUGAAAAAACGCAAAGGGGAAUCAAUCAAAGGAGGUGAUACACGUCGAAGUAGUUACGCAGACGGGAGCAGUGACAUCACCAUGGAAAUAUCAACCAUUUCAAAUGGUGGAUCGAAUCCUAAAGGGAAGUAAGCUGGGGCGGCAUUGCUUGUUGCGAAUGGUAUGAUUUGAGUAUUUGGGGUUAAAGCUUUUAGUACCUGAAAGGUACUAGUGAGGUGAACGAUGGAAGUUAUAUUAUUCAUUGAGAAUGAUUGCUUGUUCCUUUAGGUGAAUGAACUGUCUUUUUACUUCUAA